AUGGCGACAACUUUGAAGUCCUCCAUCAUCUUCUCUGCUAGUGUAUUCAUGCUCCUUUCCAUGGCCAUAACCGCUAAGGACAAUGUCUCUAGCGGUGCAAGGGCCAAGGUGACCAACCUCAUGAUGCAAGCAUGCAAGACUGCAUCAGCCUACAGUCGUGAUGGCGACCUCCGUAACGUCACACAGGAAUUUUGCUUAUCGACCCUGGAAUCAAACGAUAGGAGUGUUGAUGCUAAGGACCACCUUGAACUGGUGCUCAUCAUGAUUGACAUCCUUAAAGGCCGCCUCACUACUGCAACUCGCAAUGUCGAGAAAAUGCUAGAAAAUUCUAAGAAAGGCACAAUGACUGCACGCGACCUUAGUUUAUGCAAUGAGCACUAUGAUACCACAGUGAAAAUCAUCAACAUGUGUGAUGCCAUGGUCAUGGACUAUCGCUCGGACAAGGGCGGGAUAAAGCCCUCUCAGCUUCCUCGUUGUGUUGAUAGAGCGGGCUUCCGCGUCGAGGAUUGUAGGAUCAUUAUGCUCAUAGAUAUGCCAUGGGCGGAUUCCUUGAUAAAAGAAAAUGUUGAAAUGACCAUGCUGGUCAACCUCAACUAUGCCUUGCUAGCACCAUAUGAUGGUAAUGCUUAA